AUGACUCUUCUCGCCACGGUUGGUCAGCCUCAUCCUCCGUCGAAGGUGAUCUCCCGCCGCGAGCACUCCAACCGGGGGCACAAGCUGACCCGGGAGCCGACGGGCCAGGCCAAGUUCAAGUGCAACGGCUGCCUCGAGGAGAUCACGGGGUGCGACAGGGACACGUGCAAGCCUUGUGACUUCGACCUCCACCAGGCCUGCAACUACAAAGAAGGGACCACGCUGGAGCACCAGCUGCUGCCCAAGAGCAAGUUCGUGCUCCGCCUCGAGGCCCCCCCUUCCAAGCAGCGAUGCAGCGCCUGCGGCACCCGCACGCAGGGCACCCACUACCACUGCGCACGGACGGGCCAUUACCUCCACCCGUGCUGCGCGAUGCUGCCUAUGGAGAUCAAGCUGAGUGAUGAGCUCAGCUUCGAGCUCCGCGAGAAGGGGUCUCGCCGCUGCGCCAAGUGCAGGGAAGGAGGCGGCGUCAGGGACUACUGGUUCUACUGCUCCAACUCCAACUCCAAGAAAGUGCACCUGCAUGUCGCCUGCGCGAGAGAGGAUUUUCUUCUGCCGAGCUCAAGCAGUACCGAGUCUCACUCUGACGUCGGCGGUAAUGGCAGGGCGAGCAAGGAGACUGCGUUGCGGAAGUACGGGUCGGGGAAGUCCGGGAUGAACCUGGGCACCAUAGGCGACAUCGUUAAGGCCCUGGCGGGCAUCGUCCUCGCGGUGCUCACUGGAAACCCGCUGCCGUUGAUUUCUGCAGGGGUCGAUCUGCUCUCCAGCGUCGCCAAGUUGAAAAAGUAG